AUAAAUUAGCACCCUCAUAAAGGUAAACCAAGAAGGUUAUCCUCACUCAACUAAUAUCAAUAUUUCACUAUUUUUCAUAUUUCUGUCAUUUUAUUUUUUUAAUGAGACUUGGGACUGUUCUGUGAUUGUUACCAGAAGUACCAAUGCACAAAAGCCAGAAUGCAUUUGGAAACUAGAAGGGCUAUUUUUGUUCUUUGGAUUUUUCUCCAAGUUCAAGGAAUCAAAGAUCUCUCCAUUAAAAUAUACGGUUCUGAAAUUAAAGACACAGACAAUGCCGCAAGAAUUGAAACAACCGAAGAUACCGGAAAAAUUUACAAAGUGUCCACAAUGAGACGAAUAUUCGAUUUGGCAAAGCAUCGAACCAAAAGAUCAGCAUUUUUCCCAACUGGGCUUAAAGUCUGUCCACAGGAAUCCAUGAAACAGAUUUUAGCAAGUCUUCAAGCGUAUUAUAGAUUGAGAGUGUGCCAGGAAGCAGUGUGGGAAGCGUAUCGGAUCUUUCUGGAUCGCAUCCCUGACCCAGGGGAAUACCAGGACUGGGUCAGCAUCUGCCAGCAGGAGACUUUCUGCCUCUUUGACAUCGGGAGAAAUUUCAGCAACUCCCAGGAACACCUGGAUCUUCUUCAGCAGAGGAUAAAACAGAGAAACUUCCUUGAGAGAAAAGAUGAAAUAUCCACAAAGGAGACAUUAGGAGAGCCUGGUGAAACCCCUGUGUUUUCAACAGACGUUGCCAGUGUCUCACCCGGGUCCCUGCCUCCCCCUCCUGAUGACACACCCUUCAACGAAAUCCUCAACAACACCCUCCCGGACACCAAGAUGCCUACAAUAGAAAGAGAAGUAGAAUCCACUAAUGCUGCUGAGGAUGCCCUAGAACAGAAGGUGGAAAUAAGCGUCUCCCUGGCAAAGCACAAGUUCAAGGAAGAGCUUGCCGACUCCCAGUCCCCAUAUUACCAGGAGGUUGCAGCCAAGUCUCAGCUUCAGAUGCAAAAGGUAUUUAAGAAACUUCCAGGAUUCAAAGAAAUCCAUGUGUCAGGAUUUAGACCAAAGAAAGAAAGAGAUGGGUCAAGCUCUACAGAGAUGCAACUUACAGCCAUCUUUCAGAGAGACAAGGCAGAAGCAAAAAGCCCUGCAGGUGACCUCCUGUCUUUUGAUUCCAACAAAAUUGAAAGUGAAGGAGACCUUCAUGGGACGAUGGAGGAAGACAAGCAAAUGGAAAUCUACCCCACAGCUUUAGACCUCAGAAAGCUGAUCAGCAAAGCUCUGGAGGAAGACCCGUCCUUGGAUAUGGGGUCAAUUCAGUUCACUGAUGAAAUUGUUGGGUCUUUGCCAGCUCUUGAUCCUGACACCCAAUCGGUGCUGCCCACUCUCCUCGCUGAUAUCACAAAGGUUGAUACUCUGAGUCCAGAACUUCCUCUUGGUCAACCCAUGCUGGGGACAGUGGACAGAGCAGGACAGAGUCUACCUGGAGCUUCCUCCAUGGACAGUUCUUGGUCUCCAGCUGCUGUGGCCUCUACCUCCCUAUCAGAAACUCUACCUUUUUUUACUGCGUCGAGCAUCUUUUCUCAGACUGAUCAAAGUGCCACAGACAUAAUGUCCCUUGACCAGACAGUACUAAUCCCACGGCUAACCAUCCCCACUGAUGAUUAUUCUGCCAUCAGCCAAUUGGCUCAGGAAAUUUCACAUUCACCUGCAUCUUCAGAAGACAGCAGGUUGAGUAUCAGCAGUCAAGAUACAGUCGGAGACUUAGACGGAACGGAUCUCGCCAGCACUCACGCAUCCUCUGAGGUACUGGGAUUCAGUGGGUAUGUUUCCACCCUGGAUCAUUUCUUGGAGAACAUCACUCCUGGCCCAGCUUUGCAGUACAUCACCACCAGUGCCAUGACCGUCGCCGCCAGGGGCCGAGAGCUGGUGGUGUUCUUCAGUCUGCGUGUGGCCAACAUGCCCUUCUCCACUGACCUGUUCAACAAGAGCUCGCUGGAAUACCAAGCUCUGGAGCAGCGAUUCACACAGCUGCUGGUUCCAUAUCUACGAUCCAAUCUUACGGGUUUUAAGCAACUUGAAAUACUUAACUUCAGAAAUGGGAGUGUGAUUGUGAAUAGCAAGAUGAAGUUUGCUAAAUCCGUGCCGUAUAACCUCACCAAGGCUGUGCGAGGGGUCUUGGAGGAUUUUCGUUCUGCGGCAGCACAACAGCUUGAUCUGGAAAUAGAUAGCUACUCUCUCGAUGUUGAACCAGCUGAUCAAGCAGACCCCUGCAAAUUCCUGGCCUGUGGCGAAUUCGCCCAGUGUGUGAGGAAUGAGUGGACCGAGGAAGCCGAGUGCCGCUGCCGAGCGGGGAACCCUGGGACCUGUGGCCCCGCAGAGGACUGUGAGGACACCCCAGGGAAGGGAGCGCUGUGCAGGUCACCAGAUCAAUCUAAAAACCAAGUGUAUGAAACUAGUGUUAAAAAGUUCCAAAAUCAGCAAAAUAACAAGGUAACCAGGAAAAGAAAUUCUGAAUUACUGACUGUAGGACAUGAAGAAUUUAACCAUCAAGAUUUGGAAGGAAAUUAAAAACUGAAAAUGUACAAAUUAUCAUUUAAUCUAUCGCAAGAGAGAUGGCUUGCUUUCUCAAGGAAAAUUAUAUCCACUCUGUCAAAAUUCUGAAAACAUAGGCAGGCAUAUCCACUGGUCAUCGAUAUCCAGGCAUGUAGUCAACACUGAGAACCAGGACACAUCACAUUUCAAAUACAGAAGAGUCAUGUACUUGAAGACCAAUAAAUUCUGAAAAAAAAGCAGCUUAUUAUCAAAACCAAAAACACCACCAGUAAAAUGUAUUUUGGCUAUUCCUCAGUGAUAAUCAAGGUGAUAGCAAACUAGCUCUGUGUCCAGCUGCCCUUAAAAUAUUGUUCACAGGUCAUUUACAACAAGUGCAACUUAUUAUUUGGGGGCAGGGGGGUGGGAUAUACUGGGAAAUAAAGCUCUUCAUAUGUUAGAAUCCACAUAAAAGAUGAUUAUGUAUGCAAGGAGGUGCAGGAUGAAUGCAUAGAGUAUGUAAAUUGUGGUGAGUUUACAGAUGCCCCACACUUCAGCGUCUGUAACUCACAUGCCCCUUCAGUUCUUAGGCCCACUAGUUUUAUACGAAAUUCCUGCUUACAUGGUGGAUAAUUUUGUUGCCAAUAAUUUCUAAGUUGUUCCUUUAAAGAAAAGAACUGGGAUAUACAUACCAUGGAAAAUCUUACUUUUUCUUGUUACUGCAUAAAGCUAUUUUAAAGAAAGAUACUAUAUUAGGGGGAAAAAAGUGAGGUUGUACUUUGUGACAUAACCAGUUCCUGUUUCCCACCACGGAUGAACAAUGUCUUCUUCCAAUUUGAUAGCUUCAUUGAAUACUCCUUGACACUCACUGUGGUGUGUACAUAGAUAGACUGGCAUCAAGGUAUUCCAGUUCAGCUAGUUUUUACUGUGCUAUUUAAUGAAAAACAAAUUCCUCCAUAUCUCUUUCAAAUGCUUGACUAUCAAAUAUACUUUAAUUUCAAUAAAAUAUAAGCACUAUA